AUGGAUACAUUCUCUUGUAAUUCUUAUGAACAAAAUCACGCCCCGUUAGACCAUCGCGAUGAUGAUGUUGAUAUUGAUCAUCAUGCUAGUGAUCAUCAAGAGGAGAGUGGAUGGACAACUUAUCUCGAAGAUUUCUCACAACAAUACAGGACUCAUCGUGAAGAUAGCGAGCAUCAAGACAAGAGUUCUUGUUCGCUUCUUGGUAUCUCUCCCUCUCUGGUCUCAGAUGCCGCCACGGACGCCUUUUCCGGCAGGAGUUUUCCAGUUAAAUUUUCGGCGAAGUUGAAGUUUGGGAAGGCAAAAACCAAAAAGAUUUGUGAGGAUGAUUCUUUGGAGGACACGGCUAGCUCUCCGAUCAAUAGCCCUAAGGUUAGUCAGUCUAAACAUAUCCAGACGCCUCCUAGAAAACAUGACGACUAUGUCUCUUCUAGUUUCGUUACGAGAAAUACGAGAGGCAUGGAGGAGGAUCAUCAAAUCCAAAUCCAAGAAGGGGAUGAACAAAAUAUGGGUAUGAUGGGGAAUCUCAGAGAAGAAAACAACAACAACGAUGAUAAUAUGGACUUGAGGAGUCGAGGAUUAUGCGUCGUCCCUAUUUCCAUGUUGGCUAACUUUAAUGGUCGCUUCUGAAUAAUAAUUUCUGAUUCAAGCAGCCUUAUAAAUUUGGCGGUGAUUAUAUACGUACCCAUCGAUCUUAUACUUGCUUGUUGUAUUUUCACCAUGGUGGGUAUGUGGUUAAUGACUUUUGUGUAGUUUGUUUACAUCUAUACUAGUUUAACUAGAUAAUAAUCUGCGCUAAUG